AUCAUCAAUGGACACAAUAUUAAGUAACAACAUGGCCACAACCUUGUGUCGUAAUUUGAAAGAGACUUUUGUCAAGUUGAGUAGAGUCCCUGUUGUGUAUGCGCACACGUUGCAAAACACGAAAAAGGCAGACUCAGCUUCUGUGGAAGAAAAAUCAACAAAGCACAAAGAUGUUUCUGUACCAUUUUCAGAGGAAAAAGGCUUGCACUCCCCAGAAGAUUCUAAAGUUAUAUAUCGAGCAAAUGCAGAAAUAAAGGGUGGGAUUCCUGAGUUUACUGGGAAUGCCCUUGGUUUAGAACACCAUGAAGCACUCACAAGCAAUGAAACAAAGGAGUCCUAUAUGACGGGAGUAAUACACAUGACCCCACAGUUUGGACAGAUUUUAAACCCACAUGUGAUACCAUCAACAAAAGAAAAAAGACUCAUUGCUUGUCUUUGUGAUGAGGACUCGGACACUCUUCAAUACAUGUGGCUACACAAGGGAGAACCACAAAGGUGUAUGUGUGGGAUUUUCUUCAGGUUAGAAGAAGUUGAUGCUUUCGGAGACCCAAAAUAAAUGAAACAUUGAUUUAUCUCUAUUACUGUGCAAAUCUGUUUUUAAUUUAUGUUUAUACCUCUGUUUGAAAUAAAAUAUUUGGCAUGAA